AUGUUCUCAGGAUCUGCUCUUGGCUCUGUUCUCGCGGCUGCCCUCGUCUUUGCACUUCCGGGACAGGCUGCACCUAAGCAAAUGAUGAAACGCUCAACUCCCGACCUCAGCCUGACAGCUCAGCUGCAAAUUGCAGACACUGCCAUCGAUCGUUACAAGCUUCUCCCAAAGGAUGAAGAUUUUGUAUUUGAUUUCACCAACAGCAAAGCCCCAUUCGCCAAUCGUCAGACUUUUCCUGCUUUAGUUGGCUCUGGAAUGUCAAUCAGUUCCAAAGAGCUGCCAGCCUGCAGCAUGGCCUAUCUCCACCUUCACCCUCGUGCUACAGAGGUUUUCGUGCUUAAUUCUGGGCGCGUGCUUACCCAAAUGGUGCCUGAAGUAGGUGUACUUGACUCUGAAGGUAGACCACGAGUCAUUCACACUGAGCUGCAUGCCGGCAUGGCGACUAUCUUUCCGGCUGGUUCGUUCCACACGCAGGUGAACCCAGAUUGCGAGUCAGCCAAUUUUACGGCAGCUCUUUCGGCAGAGGACUUUGGCAUCGGCUUGGUCGCAAAUCAGGUUUUCUCUCUCAGUGAUGAUGUUAUUUCUGCCUCGUUCGGGGAAAGCAUUGCUGGAGAGGAUAUCGAUAAAGUAAGACAUGCUAUUCCGGGAGAUGUUGUGAUCAAGGUUGAGGAGUGCUUGAGCAAGUGUGGCAAGCACAAGCGUCAUGCUUGA